AACAGAUGACAAGAGCUGAGUUCAUCAAGCCAAUUUUAGAGGAGAUAUCAGGGCAGGACUCAGAAUCUAUUGGCCUCUAUUGUUAUGUGGUUAGGACGAAGAGAAAGGAGAGAGUACAAAAAACACAUCAUAUUUUCUGGUGGGACGAGGUGAAAGAGCAAAGGCAGAGGGCGAAAAUGACCAGAAUCACAGCACAGGAAAAGAAAAAAGGACAGACAGCUGAACAGAAGCCACAGGAGGAAGUGAUACAUGAUUUGACGAUUAAUGUGGAUGACGAGGAACAAACAGAAAAAAACGAAAUUGAAGUGAUAGAUUGGCAAAAACGACAACUGUACAACCUACUUGACAGCCCAACUAAAAGCAAACUAGAGAAGUACUGGAACAAGGCAGAACAAAGCGUAUUAUUCUGGGAGGGAAAAGAGCCUGGAAGCGAAAUCACAAGGGCAGAUGUCAAAAUGUUCAUAAGCGAUCAAUCAAUAGCAAACAACUGGAUUGAUUGCUAUGGGGAAAUGUUGAAGGAUGAACUGCAAAACGAAAGUUCACAAAGUUUGGGAAGAUCUGCUUUUAUGCAUAGCAUGUGUUGGUAUUCGACAAUACAUUUAACUGUGAGAAACCUCCAUCAAUACUUGUGUGAGCCGCUGUUCCAAAACAUGGGAAAAUGCAGCAUGCUUUUCUUCCCAAUUACCCAUAAUGAAGAAUUUCACCACACGCUCUUGGUCUUUGACAAGGACAUACCACAAUGGCUGCAUUUUGAUUCAAUGAAACCAAGAAGAGCAGGAACAGGGGAGUGCUUUAAAAGUAUAAAAAAAUUGGUUGAAAUGGUCGAGCUGUGGAUGAGAGCAGUGAAAGAUCAAGCAGAUGAUAUGCUGCAGCAAGGCUGCCGAAUGAAAUUUGACAAGAGUCAAAGCACUCACACAAAAUUAAAGAUGGUUGAAAGUAUUUUGAGCGAUGACGAAAUAAGAACAAUAAGCUGGAUAAAGGAAAAUUAUGAUGGUGGAAGGAUCCCUUUGAACCAUGCCAGAAUCUGCCCCCAACAAGACCAAGGAUCAUUAGAUUGCGGACCUUUUGUAAUGUAUUACAUGGACAGAAUGGCAAAAGAGGAGAAGCUGCCAAACAAAGUCACCAAAGCUCAGAUGAUGAAGUUCAAAGCUCAAAUAUUCAAAAAAUUUGCAGAACAUAAGCAGAGCUGGAACUCAGCAAAUUAAGAAUUUUAGAAAUUUGUUUGUUUAGUUCAGAAUUUCAGAAAUUUGUUUGUUUAGUUCAGCAAAUAUACUUGUAUGGAUCUUU